AUGAUCUAUACAAUCUUCACUUUUACAAUUCUUUUUCUCUACUACCAAUCCACCUAUGCCCAAGCAUCCUGCAAUGGCAAAUUCGAAGCGAUUUCUGCAGAAUCUUUCAUCGCCAGUAUAAGCCCAGGUUGGAACCUCGGCAAUUCCCUCGAUGCAUUUCCCCAAGAAGGUGAUUGGAAUAAUGCUCCUGUUACCGGAGAAGUUUUUGACACCGUAAAAAAGGCUAGGUUCAAAACCGUUCGCAUUCCAGUGACCUGGGCAUAUCAUUUCACUGGUGCUUCAAACGAAGGGGACGCCCCAGAAUGGACUGUUGACCCCAGUUGGCUCGAACGUGUUUCAGAGGUGGUGGCCAUGGCCAUUGACCGUGGCCUUUAUGCUAUUGUGAACGUUCACCAUGACUCAGCGCUCUGGGCUGACGUGACCAAAGAAGAUGCGAAUCUUACGAUGAUAGAGGAGAAGUUUUACAAGCUCUGGUAUCAGAUUGGGGUCAAACUAGCAUGUUUACCAUCUUCUGUGGCAUUUGAGCCUCUCAACGAGCCUCCUGGCAACACGGCUAAGCAUGCUCAAGAGUUGAACAAACUGAACAACAUUUUCCUGCAGGCAAUCAACGAUGCCGGAGGUUUCAAUCCUCAGCGAGUCGUUACGCUUGUUGGGCCUGGAGAAGACAUCAUUCGGACAAAUGCCUUCACAUCCGCGGCAUGGGGAAGAAACAUUUGGGGCUCUGAAUCAGAUCAGGCGGCUCUGGAAGAUGACUUUGCUCAGCUGAGAAACAAUUUCACCGAUAUUCCUGUUGUCAUUGGUGAAUGGCUCGUGAGUCCAGUCUUCAGCGAGCCAGCUGCACGAUGGAAAUACUACGACUUUAUCAGCCGGACUGCAACAUCAUUCGGAUUUGCGACUAUCAUUUGGGACAAUGGUAACGAUCAUCUAGACCGAGAAUCACACACCUGGCGAGACCCAACUUCAAUUAGUGUUCACCAGAAUGCCUUGAUUGGUGUCAACAAUAGCUUGCCGAUCUCAACAAUUGACUACUAUUCAAAAGAACAGUUGUCUUCUGCCUUCAUAUUCCACCGCAUUGGAGACGAGAUCAAGUCUUCAACACUUCAAUUUCACUUAAAUGGCAACCUGGUCAUGUCUAUCUCUGAUGGUACUUCAAAAUUGAUUCUCGGAAGAGAUUAUCUUGUUUCGGACGAGAAUAUCAUCAUCUCGGCAUUUUACCUGUCUAAUCUCAUCAAGACGCAAGAACCGGGCACUGAAGCAAUUCUUCAGGUUUCAUUUUCUUCUGGGACAUCGAUGCCUGUUUAUGUCAUACAGUGGGAUGUCCCGACUGUUCAAACGGACCACUCACAAGCCAUCGAAGGAUCGGACCUGCAGAUAGAUAUCGAAUGGCACGGUUUGAAGAAACCGGCUGCCGUGGCAGCGUAUAAUGCUGACGGGUCCUACCUUGUGGAUGAAUGGACUAACCAGCUUGGUCCUCUCGAGCAGGGCCGUACCACAUAUGGAGGACAGUGGAUUUGGACAUGGGACCAAAAUGGAAUUACUAUUACGAGUAAUGCUGUCUCAACAGUUAUCUCUGGAGGUCAGGCUACCACAUUUAUCAUUGAAGCAUUCCCUCGUUUGCCUGGGAAUAGUACCAUCCAGCGCCUUGUGUUGGAAGACAUGGACGCUUUUGCCGAACCUCCCCAAGACCAAAACCAAGACGAUGACCGAGACCUGGAACCUCAUAUUUCGACAUCUUUUGGCGGGAAUGACGAUAUUUUUCAGGAUUUGUCAUUCUUCGAUGUGGAACAAUCGGGUUCAUUCGAUGAUCAGAUGGAGCACUGGCUGCGUGUCCCUCCUCCUGAACUUGCUGAACAGGAACUCCUGCCACCGAGUGAUUCUGAACACAGUCAAAUAAUUGCCUCCGAUAUGAAUUUAUCAAGUUUGAUUGUUGAUGCCGCCGAUCCUACUAUCCGGCAGCUUCCAGCCAACUUUGGUGGCACCACAGAUCAAGCUUCCGCAGCAGCUAGUUCUGCAGAUGAGGCCACUUCUGAGAAUCUAAUCAAGGUUGGUAAACCGGCUACGAGGUUCAGUCGUGAGGCAGUCAAAUUGCUCAGAAAAUGGUUUUUGGCCCACAGCCAUCAUCCAUUCCCCAACGAAAAUGAUAGGACAAUGCUUCAGCAGCAAACCGGUCUCGACAAAAGCCAGAUAAUGACUUGGUUUGCGAAUACUCGUCGUCGCAAUAACAUAACCAAGACUAGGGAUAAGUCGCCUUAUCCCACAGAAGCUAGGGACAUCUUGCCACGACCCGGCACUCCUCUUCCACGUGAUUCCUCCUCGAUGAAUCCGUUAGAGCGAUGGGUAGACUCGCCACCAGAAAAUGAGCCUGUCUCGAUGACUGUUAUUGCUCGAGCUAUGGCCUCUAGUCCAUCCGCCUCUGCUUCUGAUGCCAGCUCCACUGGUCGCUUCAUGAGGAGCUCCGAUGGCUCGGCUCCUAGUAGAGGCUCAGAAUCUUCGGCAGACUCAAAUGGCGAUCGUUCUACAGAAGGGCCAUUUGACCCAUUGGGCAAUCUUCGUUCGCGUCGCAGGAGAACAAGAAGAAGAAAGGCCACGAAACGAGGUAAUGAACAAAUGUCAUUGCUGAACCUAGCCAAGAAAUAUCAAUGUACGUUUUGCACGGAAAGCUUUGGCAGGAAGUAUGACUGGCAACGACACGAGAACUCAGUUCACCUACCAUUAGAGAGAUGGAUUUGUUGUCCAGAAGGUCCGUUGAUGAACAAUCCCACAAACAACAACCACCCAUCCUGUGUUUUCUGCGGCCUGGUUGAACCAGAUGUUGCACAUAUUGAGAAUCAUCACUAUUCAGUAUGUCGAGAGCGGAGCGUUACCGAGAGAUCGUUCAAUCGCAAGGAUCACCUGUCUCAGCACUUGAGACUUUUCCACCAGAAUGCACUAAGAUAUCUUCACAUUGGAUUGUCGUAG